AUGUACGGCAACGUGUACGAGGACGAGGAGCGUAAUGAACGAGAGUCCUUGCUGCCGCAUCUGCUGAGUCGCUGCGCCGAAGACUUUAGCCUCUCACAGACCGACUAUAACAAUCACUCCGUGAAGGCUGGGACUGGAAGACGUGUCGCCCGGACAGACAAACAGCAUCCCGACGGCGAAGGUCAGUCCCGCUCGAGGGAGUCAUUAAAACUUCCAUCCCACCCUGAGGACGUCUCGACACCGGAAUUGGAUCUGUCAGCACAGCGACUGCCCGGACGCGACUCCGACACCAUCAGUUUGCAGGAGACGGAACUGCUGAUGGACGAUUUCUCCAAUUGCUUUGAAAAGGCGGUUGCGUCUGAUGCCACAUAUAACAUUUCUUUUGAACUGGCUAGUAAUACUACGGAUGUUGACGAGUACUCAACUAGCACAGGCAUCACCGCCCUGCCAGCACCAGCCCCACUUGGACCCGUUUAA